UUCCCGUCUUUAGCUCUCUUCACUGAACUUCUCGGUGCCGACGUAUUUGGCGCCGACGACGUAAAAAGAUACUCGGCGCGCUCUAUUCCAAAGCUGUCGGAAUUGGUACGAAGAAAGUGGUUUGAGUUGCGGCGCCUCUCACGUUUUGUAUUGGCAGUGUAAAAUGGCGCCUCCAAUCUCCAGCUCAAACGCCAAUGCAAUCAUCAAAUUGGAAGAAGAGAUUGAAGGAGAUCAAAUCGGCUCCAGGGAUUAUCGCUUUUGCAGAAUUGGAGAGCCUGUCCCCAUUAAAGCCGACGGCAUUUCGCCAUUUGAUCCUGAGAACGAGGUCCCUCCCUUGCAGCCUCUCGCCGUCUCCGAACGAUUUCGCCUCAUUUUCGUCGCCCACUCCGACGGGUUUUGUGUAGCGAGGACCAAUGAAGUUUUGGCGUCGGCCAAAGAGAUUAAAGAUGAGAGGAAGGAGCUUUCUGUUCAGGAGUCGUGUAUUGUGGAUAUUUCUAUCGGAUUGGUUUCGAUAUUGGCCUUGUCUGCUGACGAGUCCUUGCUAGCUGCUACUGUGGGUAGUGAAAUCAACUUCUUCCCUGUCAGUACCCUACUCCUCAAGGAGCAACAACCAUCAUUUUCAUUUUCCCUCAACGAAAGUUUUAUCAAGGACAUGCAAUGGGCUAAAAAGGAGGAAAGGAUUUAUCUCCUUCUUUCAAGUGAAGGGAAACUGUAUUGUGGGCAUGGUCAAAGUCAGGCGAAUUAUGUAAUGGACAAUGUUGAUGCUGUUGGAUGGAGUGCCAAUGGUGAUUGUGUUGCUGUGGCAAGGAACAAUGUCAUUAGCAUCCUGUCAUCACGGUUUGAGGAAAAGUUAAGCUUGGAGCCAUCAUUCAAAUUAAUGCUUAGUGAUUCUGAUGCUGAGUCUGUUAUUAGAGUGGAUGCUGUCAGAUGGGUUCGCCCUGAUAGUAUUGUGCUAGGAUGCAUUCAAGUUAAUGAUGAUGGUGAGGAAACUUAUGCUUUGCAAGUCAUCACAGGCAAGAAUGGUAAAAUUGAUGAUGACUCCUCCAAGCCAGUUGUUCUGUCCUUCACUAAUGUGUUUCCAGAUUUUCGUUCUGAUGCUGUUCCUUUGGCUAGUGGACCUCAUCUCUUCUUUAGCUAUUUAGAUAAUCAUGGGCUUGCAUUUGUUGCCAAUAGAAAGAAUCUGGAACAGCAUAUUUUAUUAUUUGGUUGGUCAGUAGGUGAGGGGACAAAUGAGGCUGCAAUGAUUGAAAUUCUGAAUGAUAGUUGGUCUCCAAAAAUUGAGGCUCAAGAAUCUGGAGAUGAUAUUUUGGUCUUGGGGCUUGCCAUUGACAAGAUUUCCCAACAGAAAGGACUCAAACUGUUGCUUGGAGAAGAAGAAAAAGAGGUUUCACCCUGCUGUGUUCUUCUUUGUCUUGCUGGUGAUGGAAGGCUUUCAGCUUUUCACUUUGCUAGUGCUGCAGGUGCCUCAGCUACAUCACCAAUCUUUACCUGUUUUGAUGAAAAAGAGCAUACUUCUACAGUGGCGCUAUCUGAUCAUGUUGCUUCUGAAGUUCAGAUAAAAGAUGUAGAAGGCACGGGGAUGAAAUCUAAAGAACUAAAUAUAAGCGAAUCAGAUAUAAAAGCUGCAGGAGUUGCUCAACAGGGUACCCAACCAUCUGUGCUUUCCCAAGAGGAUAUUAGGACCAGCAAUCAGGGACCCAAACCACUUCUGAACUUAGGGAGUGAGGAUCAGCAUAAACUCCCUGUUAUGAAGCCAAGCCAAGAUAGGGAUGGAUUGCAAUCACCUGUGUUUGGGAAACAAGAUGAAAAUUUGAAACAUUCAUCAGUGAAUGCAUCUCAGCCUGCAAACCCAGAAACUCUAGGUAACAGUUUAAGUAUGAAAGCAGUUCAUACAGCAGUUGAAGCCAAGACUAGUAUAGGUUCUGCUUCAGGGACCUCACCAUCUGUGCUUUCCCAAGAUGAUAUUAGGACCAGCAAUCAGGGACCCAAACCACUUCUGAACUUAGGGAGUGAGGAUCAGCAUAAACUCCCUGUUAUGAAGCCAAGCCAAGAUAGGGAUGGAUUGCAAUCACCUAUGUUUGGGAAACAAGAUGAAAAUUUGAAACAUUCAUCAGUGAAUGCAUCUCAGCCUGCAAACCCAGAAACUCUAGGUAACAGUUUAAGGAUGAAAGCAGUUCAUACAGCCGUUGAAGCCAAGACUAGUAUAGGUUCUGCUUCAGGGACCCUGCCAUCUGUGCUUUCCCAAGAUGAUAUUAGGACCAGCAAUCAGGGGCCCAAACCACUUCUGAACUUAGGGAGUGAGGAUCAGCAUAAACUCCCUUUUAUGAAGCUAAGCCAAGAUAGGGUUGGAUUGCAAUCACCUAUGUUUGGGAAACAAGAUGAAAAUUUGAAACAUUCAUCAGUGAAUGCAUCUCAGCCUGCAAAUCCAGAAACUCUAGGCAACAGUUUAAGUAUGAAAGCAGUUCAUACAACAGUUGAAGCCAAGACUAGUAUAGGUUCUGCUUCAGUGAAAACCUCAAACAAUUACAGCCAAUCAUUUGGAAAAAGUAUGCAAACAGGACAUGCUAUGGGGGUGCAAGGGAGGACACAAUCAACUGGUUUUUCUAAUGCUGCGUCUUUUACUGGCACCCUAAAAAGUGAUGAAAGAUCUCCCUUACAAACCUUUGGUAACAUUCAACAAAAAGUUGCUGGUAAUUCUGAUAGAACUACACUCUCUUUAUCUGGAGGUCAUCCCCAAAGUUCUCCAUGGACUCAGGCCCACUCAACCUCAGUUGAUUCUUCUAAGCAAAAAGUCAUGCCUUGGGCUGAGAGCAUUAAGUCAUCAUCUUUGUUGCAGCAAAACAUUUCAUUGCAAAAGCCUUCAAAGCUUCAACCUGCAAGAGAUGCUUCUGAAAGAAUACCGUCCAAGCAGUUUCGCAGCGUUGAAGAAAUGGCCAGAAAACUGGAUGACCUUCUAGAAGGGAUAGAAGGUGAAGGGGGUUUUAUGGAUGCAUCCAUUGCUAGCCAGGAGAAUUCAGUUAUAACUUUAGAAAAAGGCAUACAGGCUCUUUCUGAUAGGUGCAGGCUGUGGAGGGGAAUAAUGGAUGAGCGGCAAGGAGAGAUCCAGCUCCUCCUUGAUAAGACAGUAAAAGUUUUGGCAAAGAAAGUAUACAUGGAGGGCAUUUUCAAGCAGGCCACUGAUAGCCGAUAUUUGGAUCUCUGGAGUCGCCAGAAAUUAAGUUCUGAACUUGACUUGAAGCAGGAACAUAUAAGAGAUAUGAACAAGGUCUUAACCAAUCAACUCAUUGAGUUGGAAAGGCACUUCAACAUUCUUGAACUAAAUACUUUUGGCGGAAGUGAUGGGAUGCAAAUGAAUCGUAGAGCUUCCCAAAGCAAGCAUGGGCAAGGAAGGAAUGUCCAGUCCUUGCACAGCUUACGUGACACAGUGAAUGCACAACUAGCAGUAGCAGAGCAGCUCUCUGGAAGCCUCUCAAAACUGAUAGCUGAUUUGAACAUAGAUUCUUCUACAGACAGGCGUAAUGUUAGAAAGGAAUUGUUUGAAACAAUUGGACUGUCUUAUGAUGACACUGCUUACAGCACUCCAGCUAAGGAAAUGGUUUUGAGUACCCCAUUGAACAGGGAAAGAUCUGUUUCUUUUGCUGCUAAAGAGCAGUCCUUGAGAAAGCAAAUGGAUGCUGCAAAGAGUUCUGAACCAGAAACAGCAAGGAGGCGUCGAGAUUCUUUGGAUCGGAGCUGGGCUAGUUUUGAGCCUUCCAAGACAACUGUAAAAAGAAUUCUCCUGCGAGAAGAUCACCAGAAGGUAAGUGCAAGUAGAGCAUCUUUGUCAGCUGAUAAACAGCAGCUCAAUUCUCAGUCAUAUGAUAGAUCAGCUGCCGCUGGCUCAAAUCUCUUUGGUGCAUCUUCAACCUCUUUUCAACAAUUCAAAAGCACUGGAUUUCCGGAUAUCUCAGAAAAACUAUCUAGUAGAAGUCCCGCUUCUUCCCAAUGGGCUGAUGCCCUUGGAAAACCUGCGGAGCAACCUUCAUCAGCUAGAAAUUUUUCAAUUUCACCACUGGCAUCUUCAACCUCUUUUCAACAAUUCAAAAGCACUGGAUUUGCAGACAUCUCAGAAAAACUAUCUAGUAGAAGUCCCACUUCUUCCCAAUGGGCUGAUGGCCUUGGAAAACCCACAGAGCAACUUUCAUCAGGGAGAAAUUUUUCAAUUUCACCGCUGGCUCAAACCAAGUCAACUGUUUCUGGUCAAAGCAUUUCUAGGGAAAGUGGCAAAUUAACUAAUGAAAAUUCAACCAGCAACACUCUUACUGGGAAUUUGGCACUAGGUCACUCAAAAUUCAUUCAGCAAUCUGAAACCAAACCACAUCUGAUGACAAACUCUACUUUGCGAUCAGAGUCUCCAAUACCACUGAAGGUUUCCCUGGACAGUCAGAACCCUGAUGGUAGACAGCUGGUUGAUACCAAUUUAACGGUCAGAGAUCAGAAGAAUGUACCGAUAGCAAGAGGAUUUAUGCCAACUGAAUUAAAGACUAGUUCUGGCUUUUCCUUCUCUCCUGCAACUGUUACUGAUCCAGCAUUUAACCUCCCUGGGAAUGCAAUGGCCUCAGAAAUUUUGCUAAAUAGAAGUCAGGCUGGUGGAACCUCAAUAUCUACUUCUGUUCAAUCUGUGAGUUCUUCGUUACCUUCAAAAGCCGAUUUUUCGUCACUAUCUACUUCAUCAUUUAGUUCCCCAUCAGUCUCAAAAUUCAAUUUACCAUCAAUGUCUACUGCAUUGUUUGGUUCCCCUUCACCUGCAAAAGUCAGUUUACCAUCAAUAUCUUCCACUUCUUCACCAGGAGCAAAUACACCAACCUCAUCAAGUGAACUAACAUCAGAUAAAUUUUCAUCCAUUUUGAAAGCCAGUUCUGAUUCCAAUCAAAUGAUCUCACUAUCUCAGUCGUCAGGUGCUUCUCAAACAAAUUCUGCCUUUCAUUUUCCGAAUUUUCAGAAAGUGGGCUCAUCACCCAUUAUUCCUGAGAGUAAAAAAUCUGAUCCUAAAUCAUUGUCUCAACUCCCUACUUCCAAUAUUGAUUCAAAAGAUGAUACAAAUUCUGCAACAACACCUUCCCUUCCAAAUGGUACACCCAAGACAGAGGCUUUGACUUCACAGCCCGAGUCAUCUAUUGGUACAUCCAAGUCACCAGUUGGAUUCUUGGUCCAAUCAUCAUCAAUAAAUGGACAUUCAGAAAACUUACAAUCUGGAAGUCAGAUGAGCUCAGCUAGCCUUUCAAGUCCUACCUUGGGUGUGGGAUUGAAUGUGAUACAGGAACAGUCAUUUGAUGCAGCAGUUUCUCCAUCGACAGCUGUAUCAACUUCUCAAAGUGCCAGUGGGGAAAAGAAUGAGAAUACUGAUGCAUUCAUAGACGAGGAUGAGAUGGAAGAGGUAGCUCCUGAGACCAAUCAGGCAACUGAGCAGACAUUAGGCAACCUAGCUGGGUUUGGAAUUGGAGGUCCCACUACUGUAGCUGCUGCAAAGCCUAAUAUAUUUGGUACCUCAUUGUCUAAUAACACUCCAACUCCAACAAGCUCUACCUUCACAAUGACAGCUCCUAGUGGUGAGCUAUUUAGACCAGCAUCUUUUAGUUUCCCAUCACUACAGCCACCACAGCCUCCAAGCCUUGGUAGCUUUUCUGGUGGCUUUACUACCAGUAAUGUAAGUCAAGCUCCUACUGGAAGUGGGUUUGGUCAACCAGCCCAAAUUGGAUCAGGACAGCAAGCUUUGGGAUCCGUCCUUGGUGCUUUUGGACAGUCAAGACAGUUCGGUGCUGGACUAGCUGCAAGUGGUUCUGCAUCUGCGAGUGGUUUUGGUACCAGUUUUAUAAGCAACAAUUCUGGUGGCAGUUUUGGAGGUGGGUUUAGUGGGGUCUCGGCUGUGGGUGGUGGAUUUUCUAAUUUAGCUUCUGCUGGCGGUGGGUUUGCUGCUGCUGCCACCACUGGGGCUGGUGGGUUCGCUGGUGCCGCUGGGGCUGGUGGAUUUGCUGCUGCUGCAACCCCAACUGCAAGUGCUUUCGGUGCUGCUGGUGGUGGGUUUGGAGGUUUUAGCAGCCAACAAGGCACAGCUGCAGGCUUCUCUGCAUUUGGUAACAGUUCAGUUGCUGCAAGACCCCCAUCUCAACUCUUCACACAGAUGAGAAAAUAGUGAAGGAAUUAUCAACAUGGGUUGGGUGGCUGUGAUUUUGUUAUUACUGCAAUGUUUUUGGCAAUCUGUUCUUCUGCUUAAUUGUAGAAAUUGCACUAGUGUACCAACCCAUCGAAAUCAUCAAGGCUUCAAUUGCAUUUUGUAUACACACCUAUCAUUUUCCUUGAAGCUAUAAGCUAUUGUGACAGUACCAUACUUAGUUUCUUUGUUUUCAUACAGAAUGGAAAUGCAAAUGGAAAUAGACUAUAAGCAUAAUGGGAUUGCGUCCUCUUAACUUGCA